UUAGAAGUAGGAACCAAACAUCCCUCCUCUCUCCCCCACCGCCUCCCUUUGACGCCGGAGGGACUUGUUUGCCGUUGUCGGAGUGGCCGGACGUUUAUCUCCGCUCUCUCUGUCUCUCUUGUGUCAUCUACCUUGCGCGGGGCUCUUUACCUGCCACCACCGAACGGGCAUCGCGGGGCACCGGGCUACCAUUGUGUUGAAGUCGUGACGGUCCCCAUCUCCUGCCUCUCCUUCUCCGGCAGGUGAUCGACGAGGAUGCCAGACGUUCAGUCUGCAGUCAAUGAGCUUGCCCUCAAACUCAAGAGACGGCAAAUUGAGGGGUCCCAUGCUUGUGCAAAGGAAACCGCCACCCUGAUGCGAUCGGUGGUUUCUUACCACCGAAUUUCACAUACCAACCCAGCUGCAUCAUUGGUCGAGGCAGUCAAGGCAGUUGGAACUGAACUUAUUGCUGCAAAUGCUGUUGAGCUGGCUGUGGGAAACAUUGUGCGCCGUGUUCUACAUAUAAUUAGGGAGGAGGAUCUCUCUCUAGUGACUACUGGCAUUGGGGAUUUGAGCUUGUCUCCCGGCAGCGAUGAUGAAGAUAAUGAUGAACAAGAUGACCGCCCUGCACUAUCUGCUGCUGCAGUUGCUGCUGCUUCCAGAAGUGUUCUACGUGCACCAUCAUUGCAUACACUUCUGGAGGAUAUCCCUGUUGCAACUACUGCUCCUCACCCUAGCUCAUCAGGGGGAGAUUCUGAAGGGAAAAGCAAAUCUGACAAGAACUCAAGGGGUUGGAAGCUGAAACGUGGUGUUAUUGAAGCUAUAAAUGAGCUGAUAAACGAUAUUGACCAUUGUCAUUCACAGAUUGCUGAUCAAGCGCUUGAGCACAUCCAUCAGAAUGAAGUUAUUUUAACCUUGGGGAGGUCAAGAACAGUCAAGGAUUUUCUCCUUGAGGCAAAGAAGAAACGUUCUUUUCAGGUUUUUGUUGCUGAGGGUGCUCCCAGAUAUCAAGGGCAUCUCCUUGCUAAAGAGUUGGUGGCUAAAGAUCUACAGACUACAGUUAUUACCGAUUCUGCAGUUUUUGCCAUGAUUUCUCGCGUAAAUAUGGUGAUUGUAGGGGCUCAUGCAAUAAUGGCAAAUGGAGGUGUUAUUGGCCCCGUUGGGUUAAAUAUGCUUGCACUUGCAGCUCAAAGGCAUGCUGUUCCAUUUGUUGUACUUGCUGGUACUCAUAAGCUCUGCCCGUUAUACCCACACAAUCCAGAGGUCCUGCUAAAUGAUCUUAAAUGUCCAUCAGACUUGCUAGAUUUCGGGAAGUUUUCAGACUCCAUGGAUUAUGGAAUUGGGACUGGAACGCCUCUUUUACAUGUGGUCAACCCAGCAUUUGAUUAUGUUCCACCACAGCUUGUCAGCCUUUUCAUUACUGAUGCUGGUGGACAUAAUCCUUCAUAUAUGUACCGGUUGAUAGCUGAUUAUUACUCUGCUGAUGACUUUGUCCUACAACAAAAGCCUGGGAAGAAGUAGCAAACAUUUGUUAUUGCUCCUGUGAGCGGGAGAGUGUACCUUAGAAUGUGUUUUCACAAACAUUUUGUUUGCUCCUAUGAGCGGAAGAGUGUAUCUUAUUAUUUAUGUUCAUCCUCCAGUAUUUUUAUCAGCGAAAAUGAUGAUGCCAAACUUGGAUUUUCUAAUAUCAACACACAAGAUCUCGUCACUUGAUCAAUUCA